AAAAGUGAGUGACGGUGUUUCAUUCAUCAAUAUUAUUUUUCAGAGUGAAACCUGUUGAGGAGUAAGGUUUUGAAGUAUUUUGAACCUUGAUCGACAUGUAAAGUAUUAUAGUAAAGAAAACUAGAAAAUCAAACUGAAAGACCUCAGAUGAGUUUAUUCGCCCCCUGCUUAGAACCUAUUCAAACUUUGACAGCUCAUCAUAUUUAUUACAUAUUCUAUACAAAAAAUGUCUGAAAACCUUUGGCAAUUGUAAAGGUUUUUGAAACAGUUUUAAAAAUGAAGAAAAAUUUCUUGUUCCUUACUUUUAUCUUACUGAAUUUCUCUAGAACAACAAAUGCUGCAAAGUCUCAGCGAAUUAUAAAUGGGGAUAAGGCAACAAUGGGCCACUUUCCGGGCCAGGUUUCUCUGCAAAGGCGGGAUGGGAGCCAUUACUGCGGAGGGACAUUGGUGACUUUGGAUACGGUGAUUACUGCCGCUCAUUGUUUCGACAAGCUUAACAUUAAGUCAAAUAAGUGGUCCCAAGUGAAGGUCGUCGGAAACGUGCUUGUAGCUAUUGAACGUGGGUUUGGAAAGCUUCAAACACGAUUCGCACGCUUUAUCAUUAUACACCCAAAAUACAAAGCUUCUAUAGUGUUAAAUGACAUAGCAGCCCUGAAGUUGUUCAAGAAAUUUGCAAAAUCCAAGUACUUUCAUCCGAUUGUAUAUUCGGAAAAGCGUUUUCCGAUUGGUCAUCAAUGCAACGUUUCCGGAUGGGGAGAUACAACAGGAAACUAUGAAAACAAGCAAAUGUCGCCGAACCUACUUUAUGUGAACAUUUUUGUAUUAGAUCCUUCCCACUGUUCAGGAGGGGAGUAUGUUUUCUUUGAUUCCAACAAGCAAUAUUGCGCUGGUAUUGUCGAAGGCGGAAAGGACGCAUGCUUUGGCGACUCAGGAAGUGGGUUCACUUGUAGCGGCAUCUUAGCUGGAGUUGUGUCCUAUGGAAUCGGGUGUGCGGAACCCGGGAUGCCUGGAGUCUACACAGAUGUUACAUAUUAUCUUGAUUGGAUAAGACAAAUAAUGACUUGGAACCGAUCAACCCCCAUUCGACACGUCUUAAUUGAAUAUAAAAACGACGCUCGACGAUCGUUGCAAUCAUGUCCAAAUGUAGCGUUUGCGUUAUUUUGUUUACUCCUGAACAUGUUUAAUUUAUGUUGAAUGGAUUUGCUUGUGCACAAUGUUUUCAUGUUCCAACUUCUUGUUUGCUCGGAAAGCAUCUCUUGCAAAUUUCAAGCAGAAAAGGAAAAAUCUUGAAAGUAUC